AUGGAAAGCACCGUCUCGAUCCACCACGGCCCCUACGAGUCCAUCCCUGCCACAGCUUCACCAGGUCUCAAAUUUCUCCAACGAUUCCUACCAGCACUAGACUCCAUCACUCCCGACGAAACUCCAAUCAGGCCUUUCUUCACACGCAGCGCUCCCAUACUUAUUGGCAGUGAUCCACCAACAGCCGCAAGCCAGGCAGUCCCUCUCCUAGAAGUGCGCAGCCGUCACAUCUGCAAACUCCACCACCAUGUUCAUCUCGCCUGGGAUAUAGACCUUGGGAGGGACAUAGGCCCUGUCCAGACAUCGUAUAGCAGGACCGCCCCAGACCAAGAAACCGCCCAAAAAGGACAGCUCUAUUCCCCGCUAGCAGGGAACAUACAAAUGAAGCGCACGGUCAUGUUUGAAGCGACAUCUGAAACAACAUUCAGAGAGGACUCUGACCAGUUCGCAGUCCGAGUCCGUGAGUUCAAUGUGCUCGAUCUGGAAGGUCGAGACGAGUCGGAUCUGCAGAUUGUUGAGAUGCGGAUCUUUUUGGAUCAGAGACCUAUUCAGGCCCAUUCUGCAAGUCUGUUUUCCGGGUCCGGUUAUUCCGGAUCUUAG